GGAACGUUUGUACCUAGUAUGUGUUUCAGUCCAGCGGAAUUGUUGUGAAACUCAUAGCACACCAACGCCGCAAGAAAUUUAUCGCCUUACUGACAGAUUACUCUGUUUUGUAAAGCAGAAAUAUGUCCAUAUUUACACCAACAAACCAGAUCCGACUCACAAAUGUGGCGGUGGUGAGGAUGAAAAAGGGAGGAAAACGAUUUGAAAUCGCCUGCUACAAAAAUAAAGUGAUGAGCUGGAGAUCUGGAGCAGAGAAGGACCUGGAUGAAGUGUUGCAGACCAGCUCUGUUUUCAAUAAUGUUUCUAAGGGUCAGGUUGCCAAGAAAGAUGAUCUGUCAAAAGCCUUUGGAACAGAUGACCUGACAGAGAUAUGCAAACAAAUUUUAGCUAAAGGAGAACUCCAGGUUUCAGACAAGGAGAGGCAGAGCCAGUUGGAGACGAGUUUCAGAGACAUUGCGACCAUCGUGGCGGAGAAGUGUGUGAACCCAGAGACCAAGCGACCAUACACAGUCAACCUCAUAGAGAGGGCCAUGAAGGAUAUCCACUACUCUGUCAAGGCCAACAAGAGCACCAAGCAGCAGGCUCUGGAGGUGAUCAGGCAGCUGAAGGAUUCCAUAGACAUCCAGAGGGCUCACAUGAGGCUAAGGCUGGUCCUGCCGGCCAAGGACGGCAAGAGGCUGAAGGAGAAACUCAAACCCCUCCUCAAGGUGGUGGAAAGUGAAGACUUUGACGACCAGCUGGAGAUGGUGUGUCUGGUGGACCCAGGCUGCUUCAGGGAGAUAGAUGAGUUGAUCCGCUGUGAGACGAAAGGUAAAGGUUCCCUGGAGGUGCUCAGUCUGAAGGAUGUGGAAGAGGGAGACGAGAGGCUGGAAUAGCCUUCACACAGAGCCCUAUAGGACUACAUACAUACACUAUCUUGCCACACAAACUGCAAACCCAUAAUUAAAGAGACCGCUAUUUCUAAUACCAAUGGAGCCCUUCUUAUUUCCAGACUGUAUAUUUAAAUAUAUAUAUUUUCCUGCCCUAAAUACAACUACUGGAUGUAUAGUCUCUCGUGACUGCUGAUUUGUUUCUGGGUGCCGAGAUUACUGGAUUUAUAACCUCUUGCAAGUUGCAUGAUGCUUUAGCGCGGAGGUUGGUGGAAACCUGUGCUCAAAUAUUGAGAUGCUCUGUAUUUCUUUAGUUUACAAAACAAGUUUGAGUCUUGUCAGGUAUUGACCAGUUUUUCACUUCAUAUUAUGAGUUUUGACAAACACUGACAGAACAUUUUCAAUCAUUAUAUUGACCCAUUUCCGGCCGUGUCAUGAAAAGUUGCAUGCGCAUGAAAGGGGAUUGUUUACAUGGAAGUGGAUAGGACAACAUGCGAUGUUAAAUGCAGCUUGUGCAAGUUAACAAACGUGGAAUCCGAUGGUUAACAUCUACAACAUCGCAGAUGUCAUCGGAGGGUUGAUUUAUCUAGAAAAAUAUCACAAAUGGAGCUAGAUAGAUAAAGCCAGAAGAAUAAUAUACUUGUUGAACAUAGCUAUAGCCAUCAGUCUUGUGUUUUCAUGGUCAUCACUCACUGCUAAGUUUGUCAAGGUCCCGACAUCGGUGUAUAGCUAUCUGCCACAGGGCUUUUUGCUGCGAGCAUGCACGUGCACAACUCGAAUGUGACGUUUGCUUAUAAACAGAAAAUGGCUCUAUAUAAUUGAAUGAAGUAAUUUUUAUGAGUCAACUUCUACUCAAGUAAUUAAUAUGGUUUUGACCCUGCCUUUCAUUUUACCAAGUGUGCCAUUUCACCAUGUUUGAAAAGUCAUUUUAUUAUGAAUAGUUCAUUUAACCACUUAAUUUUUUGUUAUUUUUCAAAAUUAAAUGAGUCUUUCCUUAUAAACAAUUGCAAAUAAAAACGUAAUAAUCUA